AUGAGCUACUUUGGUAAUAAUAAUAACCCGUUGACCUUUCCAUCAUACAACCAAUCACCCUUUCCACAGAGAAGCUUAUCAGGGAUGAGUAAUCUUCAACAACAACAGUUGUCUCACCUCCAAAACCCCCAGGGUCAUCAGGGUGAUACAGCGUCUGCAGCAGCCGUAGCAGUGGCCCAACAGCAACAGCAACAACAUCAACAACUGCAGCAGCAACAACAAAAUCAUCAACACCAUCAACGUCCCCAACAUUCACUUCAGCAUUUACACAAACUGCAUGGAGGACAGGUAUCUGGAGCCCCACAACACGGACAAACAGCUGUAGACGAAAAGCAAGGCCAGGCGGUAAUCAGAAAGGAACGUAAGAAUAGACCAGGACAAAAAUUUGGUGCAAAGAAGAAAUCGUGGGUAUGGUCAUGGUUUAUUCAAGACUCACAAGACCCUAAUAUAGCAGCCUGCGAUUAUUGCGGAAAGAUUAUUACAAGAUUGGCAUCAGAUAAAGGAUCACCUAAAAAACUCAGUGAACACUUGAAGACACACAAGUUGACAAAGGAUUCGAUAAACAAUUCGAGACCAAUUCCUAUAGACGGGAACGGUAUAACAUACGCACCGAACGGGAUGCCCUUAAACUAUCCAUCAAAUUUCCAGCAAGCGCAGCAAGUUCACCAGACACAAUCAUCAAACAGUCCUCAUGUUCCUAAUGUAAACCCACAACUUUCAGAUGACGCUGAUGAAAUGGAUCCUAAGAAAAAGGCCAGGUACAAUAAGUAUAAACCUCGCAAUAACAUAAACAACAUCGACUCAUCGCUAUCUUCCUUUGGUAUGAAUUCUAACCGAAGAUUUUUGUCGGCAGAUUUUGAUAAUUCGCCAUAUUCAUCCAUGAAGUUUCAUAAGCACUUAAUGAAAUUCUUAACUGAGAACAAAUUAUCUAUAAAUGUAAUUAAAUCACAUUCCUUCCAACAGCUUAUUUAUGAUUUAAGAUCUGAUUCGGUAACAGAACUAUUAGAAUUAACGGGUUUGUAUUCAUCAUUACUAGAAGUGAGCCGGUUUGACGCAAACGGUACUGGAUCCGCCAGUAACGAAAACAACGAUGCCAGUUCCUCCAUACCCUCAGUCAAUGAGGCUAAUGUGGUUAAUUCCCUAGCACAAGCAGUGGAACAAAAGGCAAAUAACGCAAGUGCCAUGGCAGUUGUCAAUGCGGCUACAAAUCAAGGCUGA